ACUGAACAGACGUUGCUGCAGACAUACGAAAAUUGUUAGACUAAAGCACUAGAAUUUCUAUUUUCUUCCACUUUCUAGCAUCGGUUGCAAUGGCUGGAACCAUCAAGUCAAUGCUUGUGGUCCUCAUCGCGGUUGUGUCGAUCAUGUCAGUUGUUCCAGAGGGUGAGGCCGCGAUAGGAUGCGGCACUGUAGUUUCGAAACUGAGUCCAUGCAUUCCAUACGUGACGGGAAAAGGUGCGUUGGGUGGAUGCUGUAAAGGGAUUAAGGGUCUCUAUGAUUUGGCCAAAAGCACAGGGGAUCGACAGAGCGUAUGCAAUUGCCUGAAAUUUCUUGCUGCCUCGACCUCUGGCGUUAACCUGGGCAAAGCGGCUGCACUCCCCGGCCAGUGUGGUGUUAGCAUCCCCUAUAAGAUCAGUCCUUCCACUGAUUGCUCAAAGGUGAAGUGAGUUUCUAUCAGCAGCAGUCGUCGGGUUAUGUUUUCUAAUUAAACAUGAAUAAUAAAUGUACCUUUUUACACGAUAUAUGCAGCCGUAUGAAUACCGUGUUAGAUGGUGGGAAAUGUACCUUUUUACACGCUCA